CUGUUGUUCGAACGGAUUACAGGUCGCGUCGUAGUGGAGUUUUCGAUCGGAACAAAUGAGGCAAAUUGAGGACUCUCGGGCUACGAGAUCAUAGAAAAACACAAAUCUAACCAAGGUGUCAAGUAAAGCUGUCCCUCUGGUUCCACAAGCAUGGACGUGGUAUUGGUAGACAUGCAGGGAAACUGCACUACAGAAUGGAUUUUUUGUGUAAGAAAACAGAAAGGAGACUAUUCGUACGCAAUAAUGAAACAAACUCACUCGAACCCGUUUCAAAACUAGAGCCUAUACAAAUUAUGGAUGAGAUUCCAGCUGUUGAAGAUAUGCUUACAGAACUGCAAUAUUUUAUUCCAUCUAAUCAUUCAAAGGAGCGUCUUAUGGUUAUUUGGAAGGCUACAAUUGCAUACCGCAAUGAGCAGCGCGCUAAUGACAAUUUCCUACAGUUUUUGAGAGAUUUUCCAGCUGCUUCAUCUUUCAACGGAGAACUGCUUCUAGAAGAGUUUACUAUUUUAAAUCCUAAAGCUAAUGAUGUUAUUAGCACGUGGACUGUUCUACAACCAAAAUUGCUUUCUUUUUUUGAUGAAAUGUACCUUCAUAUUACUAGUCAGUUCGUGCGAAGCUUAGCAAUUCUUAAAAACAAAAACCCCACCAGAGGUUCUAGACAAGUUCGUGGAGACGCACGGAAAAUUCAUCCGUUGCAUGGUAUUAUUGAUUGGAUUGACCCUGAAGGUGAAAUUCCCGCUUGCGAAUUCCCACAGAUAUUUGUAGCAGCAGAACAAUUUCAAUGUGGAGAUUGCUAUUUGGUCUGGGAUGAUUUCGCUAUCAACACGGGCCGUGACUUGGAACACAGCUUUAUAUUGCUGUCGCUGUCAUGUUAAAAACAAUCCCGCUGAGUACUACUGCUAACAAACUUAUGAUGAUGCUACCGAAU